CUGCCGUCCACGUAGCUACCUGACCUAAACCACCUGCCUACCUCAGGUAAGGUAGGUACUGUAUGCACUGUAUAUUUUAAUGGGAGACAGCAAACGUACGGGAGAUAGGAAGCCAGCUCAUACAAGACCCUUAGACCCGGCACUCCUUGAUUCCUGGUUUCAGGCGCAAAGAAAAUAUAUACAUAGAGCAAAGCGCAGAAAAGGGAAAAUAGAAAAGAAAAAGCAGAGGGAAGGAGAAAAGGAAAAAUUGAAAAGAAAAAAAGAGCAAAACGAAGAAAGAGAGAGAAAACGAGAGCUGGUGAUAGACUAUAGAGUUGUGUUGGAUUGAGCCAGUACUAAUAGGAUUCGACCAAUCAUGUGAGAACUUGAAGCACUAUUAUACACUUGGAGCCGGUAAAGUGUAUGAGGUUAAGACUACCUACUAGUGAAUGAGGCAUUAUAUCAACGGAGGUCAUUCAUGGCAUACCUUG